AUGGUAAAAUCACGCGUAGACGAGAAUGAAGAGAACCCAUCUUGGAAUGCAAUAGGCUAUUGUGGACCUGACCCAGACUUCAAAAACCCAAGUAGAAAUGCCCAAAAGAAAGCCCAACAUCAGUCCAAAGAAGAUUUCUACGGCCCACUUUACAGAGGUAUUUAUAAUGCAAAAAGCCCUCAAGAAAUCUUUGUUAAGUCUCUCGAGCGCACUGGCUUCCACGUGUCAGUCAAUAGUGAAAAGAAAAUUAGUAAAAGGCCAGUACUGACUAUCCAAUGCGACGUCGUUGUGGUAGGCUCCGGUAGCGGCGGGGGAGUUGUUGCCGGAGUUUUAGCUGCAGCAGGGUAUAAAGUAGUUGUUUUGGAAAAAGGAGAUUAUUAUGCUAGGAAAAAUCUCUCUCUUUUAGAGGGUCCCACUUUGGAUCAAAUGUAUGAAGGUGCAGGUUUGUUAUCGACUAGAGAUUUAGGGGUGAUGAUCUUGGCUGGAUCAACAGUUGGGGGUGGAUCAACUAUAAACUGGUCGGCCUCGAUACGAACUCCACCACAUGUGAUUCAAGAGUGGGCUAAUGUGCAUGAGCUAGAGAUUUUUAAUAGUACAUUAUUUAAGGAGGCCCUAGACGUGGUUUGUAAGAAGAUGGAGGUCCAAAAUGAAAUAACUGAGGAAGGGUUUAGUAACGCAGUGUUAAGGAAGGGUUGUAAGGAAUUAGGGUACACUACAGUGGACAUUCCUCGAAAUGCCCCUGUAGAUCAUUUUUGUGGUUGGUGUUGUUUUGGGUGUAAGGAUGGGAGGAAAAAUAGUACGUGUGAAACUUGGCUUAAAGACGUGGUAGACUCCGGAAAUGGGGCUAUACUUACUGGGUGUGAAGUGGAGAAAGUGUUGUAUGAAAGAAAACGAGGGAGAGACCGUGAAACGGCGAAUGGAGUUGUGUUCAAGCUAAAAACCGAUGGAAGUAGUAAUCAUGAUUUAUGUGUAGUUAAGGCAAAGGCAACAAUAAUAGCUUGUGGUGCACUCAACACACCGGCAUUAUUGAAAAAGAGUGGACUAACGAACCCAAACAUUGGUAGAAAUUUGCAUCUUCACCCGGUGGUGAUGGCAUGGGGAUAUUUCCCGGAGGAGCCACUAUCAUCACCUUUAUUAUUGGAGGAGGAGAAAGUAUGGCCGGAAAAAGAUAGAAAGAGUUACGAGGGAAGUAUCAUGACAACCAUGUCUAUAGACGAGUCAAAGUCCCGAUUUGUGAUCCAAACCCCAUCAUUACACCCAGGCAUAUUUGCAACUUUAAUGCCUUGGAUCUCUGGUUUAGAUAUGAAGCAUAGAAUGACAAAGUUUUCUCGAACAACCCACUUGUUUGCACUAGCUCGUGAUGUUGGAUCAGGAACCAUUUCUAACGAUCCAUUUGACAUCAAAUACAAGUUAGACUCUAUAGACGAAUCUAAUCUUAAAAAAGGCCUUGAGAAGACGCUUAGGAUACUCAAAGCUGCAGGGGCUGAGGAAAUCGGCACCCACCAUCACAGUGGAGCAAGAAUUAAUGUGAAGAAAACUAGUAAUCAUGAGUUUGAGAAGUUUGUGAAAAGAGAGAGUUCUAGGGAUAUACGAGGCUUAUCUAUGCCUGUUGCAUCUGCCCACCAAAUGGGGAGUUGCAAGAUGGGGGUCAGUCCAAGGACCUCAGUGGUGAACCAAAGGGGUGAGAUUUGGGAAGUAGAGGGGCUUUAUUUAGCUGAUUCUAGUGUAUUUCCUACUGCUUUGGGUGUCAAUCCUAUGGUCACUGUCCAAGCUAUUGCUUAUUGUACGUCUUCAUCAAUUUUAGAAUAUCUCAAAAGGAUAAAAUAGAGGUAAAUUAUAUAAAAAAAAGUAAUAAUAAAUAAAAAAAAAUGUAAUAACAUCUCUAAAUGUUGUUCCAGUUUUAACUGUUUACAAACUACAAUUUGAUAUCAAUG